GCCUUCUGGGAGCACGUGACGUCAGGCUCAGGCUACACGUGUAUCGGCUGCUGUCGCUGGUUGUAGCCAACGUUGUGUACAGUAGCGAGUGUUGACCAUUUAAAUUUCGAUAACUUUCAUAAGUGGUCGAAUAUCGUUUGAAAAUGGGAGGUCUUCAGAAGAAAAAGUUCGAGAGGGGCUCUGCCACCAACUACAUCACCAGGAAUAGAGCUCGCAAGAAGUUAAUGCUCAGUCUCCCAGACUUCAGGCGACUAUGCAUCCUCAAAGGCAUCUACCCUCAUGAGCCCAAGCACAAGAAGAAGGUUAACAAGGGCUCAACUGCUCCGAGGACCUUCUACCUGCUCAAAGACAUCCGCUUUCUGCUGCAUGAACCAAUAGUUGGCAAGUUCAGAGAAUACAAGAUAUUUGUACGUAAACUAAAGAAGGCAUAUGGAAAAACAGAAUGGUCUGCAGUGGAGAGACUGAAAGGAAACAAGCCCACUUACAAACUGGACCACAUCAUCAAAGAAAGGUACCCCUCCUUCAUCGAUGCCCUUCGUGAUAUCGAUGAUGCCCUCUGCAUGUGCUUCCUCUUCUCCACCUUUGCUCGCACAGGAAAGUGCCAUGUGCAGACAAUCCAGCUGUGUAAACGCCUCACUGUGGAAUGGAUGAACUAUGUGGUUGCAGCUCGUGCUCUCACAAAGGUAUUCCUCUCCAUCAAGGGAAUAUAUUAUCAAGCUGAGGUGAUGGGGCAGCUCAUUACAUGGCUGGUGCCGUACCAGUUCUCCCAUGAUCAUCCAACAGAUGUUGACUACAGAGUAAUGGCCACUUUCACAGAGUUUUACACCACUCUGCUGGGCUUUGUCAACUUCAGACUAUACCAUUCCCUCAAUCUGCUCUACCCUCCAAAGCUUGACAGUAAAGCCGAGCUGGAGCUGAAGGAAGAGAAUGAGGAUGACUAUGCCAUGAAUUCAGAAUGCUACAUAGAGAAACUGUCAGCUCUGAGUGCCACUCUGGCAAGGGUGGUUUCUACUGCAGAGGAGGAGGAGGCUCAACUUGACCAGUUUCCUGUUGAAGGGGAGGACAUGGAAAGGAUGGAGGCAAGAGAACAGGAGCAGAGAAAGCAGGAAGUCCAGAAAAAGCUUUUUGAAGGCCUCAAGUUCUACUUGAACAGAGAAGUGCCCAGAGAGUCGCUGGCAUUUGUCAUCAGGGGUUUUGGUGGUGAGGUGUCCUGGGACAAGUCUGCGUACAUUGGCAGCACGUAUGAAGUGACAGAUGAGACCAUCACACAUCAAAUUGUUGACAGACCCAACAUCGACAAACAAUACAUCAACAGGUACUAUAUCCAGCCCCAGUGGGUAUAUGACUGUAUCAACUCCAAGAUCCGCCUGCCAGUGGAGGACUACUUCCUCGGAGUGACUCUGCCGCCUCACCUCUCUCCGUUUGUCGAGGAGAAGGAUGGUGACUACGUGCCCCCUGAGAAGAUGAAGAUCAUGGCCCUGCAGCGAGGAGAAAAGCCAGCCCAAAAUCAGGAGGAUGAAGAAGAGGAGGAUGAAGAAGAAGAAGAAGAAGAGGAGGAUGAAGAAGAGGAGGAAGACGACAAUGAAGAGGAGGAGGAGGAAGAAGCAGAGGAAAAGAAUCUCAAGAAGAUGGAAGAUCAAAGAUCUCAGGGCAAGUCACUGCAGGUUAAGGUGACACCUGGCAAAUUGAAGGUAGAGAACCCAGCACGCCUGGAGCAGGAGGAAAAAGCAGAGGAGAAACGUCUUGCCAUCAUGAUGAUGAAGAAAAAGGAAAAGUACCUCUAUGACAAGAUCAUGUUUGGAAAGAAAAGAAAAGUCAGAGAGGCUAACAAGCUUGCUGCCAAGAGGAAGGCCUUUGAUGACUCAGAGAAAGCAAAGAAGAAAAAGGCGAGGAAAUGACUCAUCUGACUGUGUCUUCUUCAGACUCUGUAUCUAUGUUCAUGAGGUAGAGUGAACUCACUACAGGUCGAUUAAAACCUGAAUGUGUCACCUGAUUGCUCAGUGGAGUGGGCCUCUCCAUAAGUUCAAGCUGAGUUACAGGAUGUGACAUAAGCCAGUUGUGUAAUUAUUCAUGUAAAAGUGAAAUUAAUUGUUUGUACGUACUCUGCAAUUCAUAAAAUGUUACACCUCAUUUUAACAUCUGUACUUAAAAUGCUGUGUUGUGUUUUAAAUAUAUCAAACUUGUCUCAUGA